CUUGUGAACACUUUCUUCAGCUUCCUGCGGCGGAAGACAGAUUUCUUCACUGGGGGAGAAGAUGGAGUGGCAGAGAAGCUGAUCACAGAUGCUUUCAACCACCACAACAAACUGGCCCAGAAGGAAAGGAAGGAGAAGAAGGCUCGUCAGGAGGCUGAGAGGCGUGAGAAGGCCGAGCGUGCGGCCAAACUGGCCAAGGAAAAGCAGGAAGCAAACGAGCCAAGGAUCAAGGAACUCACAGAUGAGGAAGCAGAAAGGCUGCAGCUAGAAAUCGACCAGAAGAAGGAGGCACAAGGACAGGUGAACAAUGUCGUAGUGAAACACUCAGAGGAUGAAGGUGAAUCUUCAGAUUCUAACAAACAGGGAACAGAUGACGAAGAGGAAGAUGAGAAGGAUAAAGGAAAACUUAAACCCAACUCUGGCAAUGGAGCUGAUCUUCCAAAUUAUAGAUGGACACAGACUCUUUCAGAAUUGGAUCUGGCCAUCCCAUUCAAGGUGAACUUCAGGUUGAAGGGGAAGGAUAUGGUGGUGGACAUCCAGAGACGGCGCCUCAAAGUCGGCCUGAAGGGCCAUGCUCCUGUCAUUGAUGGAGAGCUCUUCAAUGAGGUGAAGGUGGAGGAGAGCUCCUGGCUCAUUGAAGAUGGUAAAACAGUCACUGUGCACCUGGAGAAGAUCAACAAGAUGGAAUGGUGGAACAAAUUGGUCUCCACAGACCCAGAAAUCAACACCAAGAAGAUUAACCCAGAGAACUCAAAGCUGUCAGACCUGGACAGUGAAACUCGCAGCAUGGUGGAGAAGAUGAUGUAUGAUCAGCGACAGAAAUCCAUGGGCCUGCCCACCUCUGAUGAACAGAAGAAGCAAGACAUUUUGAAAAAGUUCAUGGAACAGCAUCCAGAAAUGGACUUUUCAAAGGCUAAAUUCAACUGAGCCCUCCCCUUCUCCCACCCCUCUUUGAGUCACCCAUCGAAUGGGGCAGGAUGUGUAUUGUUGGAUAUUCUUCACCUUGGGCAAGUCAACACUUCCAGCAUCCCCACCCGAGCUUGCUGUGGAAGCAGCUUCAUGGAGUCACCCUCAGUGUCCUGUGUGGAGCAGAAGGCACAGCCACAG